AUGGGAGACCCUAGGUUGAAGAUUUUAAUUAAAGGAUUUUUAGACUUGCUAUAUUUUGCACUCGUUUUUGUGGUGUAUUUAACAAGCAUAUUUAGCUAUAUGAAAGAUUAUUAUGUAGGGACAACAGAAAUCACAUAUAAGUACGUUGACCCUACUUUGGAUUUGGAUGCAAAAGUCAUAGCAACUUAUAAUCAAUUUGAUGAUAAUUUCUGCGAUUUGAAAACAACAGUAUUAAAAGAAGUUUGUGACCACCGAGAAGACUGGGAAACUGCUGGAAUUGUAUUUAUCGUAUUUUCAUCAGUAGCACAUGCAGUAAUGGCAUAUGGAAUGCUUAAUUUAAUGGGAAUGCUAUGUGGCUGCACAUUAUGGGGUUUUGCCAAAUAUGAGAUUGAGCAUUAUAUAUAUCCGUGGAUAUACGCGACAGCAAUUUUAUUGUGGAUUGUCAUUUCAAAAGUCUUUGACACAAGCCCACCAAGCGGCUUUGGAGAUAGCUAUGAUGUUAGCGUCCAAGUUGGGCUUGUUUUUAUGUUUUCUGCAUUUUUAGUAUCCGUGGUAGGUUCUGUCUACUUUUUUUGGAACAGAAAAGACAUGAGAGCGAUUUUAUUGGUGACUCAGCAAGGCUUCACACCAGCCCCACCUGAUAAAUAG